AAUUUAAAUAAAAACAUCUGAUUUCGUUAAAGUGGGCUUUCCCCUAGUUUGUCUAUUAGCAUAAAUUAGAAUUUUAAAUUGUCUUUGGAAAUAUCAAAAUGGAAUACAGUGUCAUCAAUAUCAUCCAUAAACUAAACAAUGAAACAUUAAAAUCUGAACAUCUUCAGAUGUUUAUUAAAAUCCCAAAGGAUGCAUGCCAGUAUGUAAUGGAAAUACCCUACGCAGAAAGAUGUGACUUUGUUUAUAAAACCCAUGACUGUGCAGUACAUAAUGCUCCCUUAGUCAAUCCCUUCGAUUGGGUAUUUUGUGAUUACCCUGAGGAAUGGGCAAUUAUUGGCGUAUUGGCCAUGUUUUUCACACUGGUUAUAUUGUUUUUUGUUACAUCCAUACUAGCUGAUGUAUUUAUAUGCCCAAACCUGGAAGUGGUCUCGGACACCCUGAGAUUACCAGAAAGCCUUGCGGGAGUCACCAUACUGGCGUUCGGCAAUGGUGCUCCUGAUCUGUUUUCGGCCUAUGCUGGGGCAGAAAUGGACCAUGCAGAGAUAAUGUUUGCGAGCCUGACUGGUUCAGGAUUAUUCGUGACUACGCUCGUAUCAGGUAUUAUUCUCUACAUAAGGCCUUUUAAAGUGGAAAAGUGGAGUUUAUUGAGAAACGUAUUUUUCUAUCUUUGCACCUAUUCAAUUCUAUUUUCAUCUUUUUACUGCAGAUAUUACACAAUCUUUCAUGCACUGUGUAUUUUGGGGGUGUAUAUAAUAUACCUUGCAAUCAACAUAUCAGAUGUUGUAGCAGAUGUUAUCCUCAAAAGGAAAAUGGAAAUAAUGAAAACAGAUGAUGAACAAAAACUCAAGUUGAUGGCUAGGGAAAGGUCAAUAUUUGUACCAAACUUGGAUCGUGGACGAGCUUCUGUUGCUGAAGGUAUUAUGUUAAGGAAGGAAAUGAAAAGAAUAUACAGCCUGAUGGGGUUUGAGCUUUCCGUUCCUAAAGUAUUCCGAGGAUAUGAUUGGAAAAAUUUAAAGCCAUUCAUCAAUGAAUUUAUGGAAGAAAUAUCCUUCAAAAAAUUUAUUGGUUCAAAUUCGUCACUUAUGCAUAAAAUCUUUAGGGUUAUACAGAUACCGGUCUUGCUUGGCCUGAAGUUGAUGGUACCUGUGGUUAACACGACUGAGCGAAAUGACGGUUGGUGUAAGCUAUUGGUAAUGAUAAACCUUUUUUUGUUUCCGAACCUGGUUUUAUAUUGUUUUGAUUAUGAAGAGUAUACAGUGACUUCUGCUGGUAUGAAUAUUGAUUUGUGGGUAUUAGGAAUUGUGACAGGCUUAAUUUUUGCAACCAUCAUAUUCUUUCUAACUCAAGCAUAUGCAAAACCAAAAUACCAUUGGAUACUGGCCUAUCUUGGAUUUAUCUGCGCUAUUGCUGUGAUCCGUUUUGUUUCUGCCCAAGUCAUCUUUCACCUAUCAACUAUAGGAGCCAGGUAUACAAUCAGCAGCUCAAUUUUGGCUAUCACCCUCCUUUCUUGGGGAAACUGUUUGAUAGAUUGUGUUUCAAAUACUGCUUUAGCGAAACAUGGAUUGCAAAAUAUGGGCUUCGCAGCUUGUUUUGGUGGACCUAUGUUCAAUUGUUCACUUGGAGUUGGUGCCAUAUCAAUAAUUGUACACUUGAAAGGAAUGCCGAUACAAGCAUUUUAUGGACACGUCUCUCCUGUGGGGUCACUUUUUCUCUUCAUAUCACUUCUGUCAACGCUCAUCUUCAUACCCAACAUGAACUUUGAAGGAAGAAGGUUCUUCGGAAUUUACCUUAUUCUGCUUUACGUGACCUUCAUGAUCCUCUGUGUUCUUAUGGAAGAUACUAUUCAUGCUUUUGGUACACAGUAUUAUAAAGAUUGGGCAUCAGCUGUUAAAGAAUAAUUAUCAACCAUAAAUAAAUUAUUUUAAUUGAUUUCAA